AUGUACGCCACUCGAGCAGAUUCGUUGAUCGGAUGGGUUUUUCCAGCAUGCCAUGUGCCAUUUCAGAAUCAAGCGAACGCUUUGGUCGAAUCUCUGAUGAAAUGCACGCCGCAUUAUGUGCGCUGUAUCAAACCAAACGAGACGAAGAAACAUGGCGACUGGGAUGACCAGAGAGUUCGUCAUCAAGUUGAAUACCUCGGUCUUCGGGAGAAUAUUCGUGUGCGACGUGCUGGAUUCGCUUAUCGCAGGGCAUUCGAGAAGUUCUUGUGGCGUUAUGCGAUCCUGACCAGCGAGACGUGGCCAACUUAUCGUGGUGACCCAAAGCAAGGAUGUCAGGUAUGUCAAGUUCUAGAGCGAUUGGGUUAUUAUUGCGCUGGUAUCCAUGAACCAAAAGAAGUCAGCGAACAAAUUUAUGAAGCUCUAAGGUAG